AUGCCAACUUCGAGAAAAAAUUGUUGUGUUCUUGGAUAUAAUAAUAUAUCACGUCGAGAACGUGGAUUCGGUGUGGAAGUGAAAUUUUAUAAAUUUCCAGAGAGCAUGUUAGGAGCCUCAUGGAAAAUAGUAAAACGUAAACAGUGGAUGAAUGCAGUGAAAAAUUACGUAAAAAAUCCAAAAGACUGGGUACCAAAUAAAUAUACGAGGAUUUGUAGUACCUUUUUUGUAAAUAAUGAAAAAUCAGAGCAUCCGUUACAUCCAUCUUAUGUUCCUUCGAUUUUUCCUGGUCGUGAAAAUAUAAAAAGAAACAUUCAAUCSUUAGAAUGUUUCCAACGAGUCAGAAAUCGUGAAAGAAACAUAGUCCACAUCAAUAAAUGUAUUGUGAGUGAAAAAAAUAGAAAUAACAUAAACAUUGAAAAUACGAUAGAUACAGUAAUGGAGCAAGAUGAUGAAGAACAUGCAAGUAGUGUUGAAGAACAUCAGAUUGAUAUUCAUGUUGAAACUGUUACGGUGAAGCCUAUGCAACGGAGCAUAAGUUGUCAAACAGAGAUAGUCACAGACGGAGCUUAUGAAUAUUUGACAUAUUUUUUUUGUAAUCUCAACUAUCAUAACGAUUUAAGCACGGCCGCAGUACAGGUAAUUAUUCCAAUAAAGAAAACACAAAAUAAAAUUUGUGAAGCUAAAAUACCAAUUGUAAAAAAUGUUCAAGAUUCGAGUUGUGAUCCAAUAAAUAUAGAUCUUAAUAAAUCUUGUCAUGACAGUUCUAAUGUUAUUCGUUUUUUCAACAACACCGUACACAUGCUUUGA